ACAAUUUUAACUCUUACAAUAAUCACAACAUGAAGUUCAAUCUAAAAUAUUUGUUAACAGCGUCAACACUAGCUGCUGGAGUGUUUUCUCUUGAUACUGUCGAGGAAGAUUAUACUGUCACUGUAACAAAGACAAGACGAGUGUCCUCUCCGUGCCUACAAUACCAAGCUUCGAAAGCUUUACCAGGAAAUCCCGAGGGUCUAGAAACAGGAAUUCAAAUAGUGUUUGUCCUAGAAGACCCCACUAAUCAAAGAAUUUCUAAUGACCCAUAUAACCCAGGAAGUCAGGUAAAUGACCCUGAUUAUCAAGGAAUCCAACCAGAUCCUCUUUCUGGUAACAAGUACAUUACUACAACCAUGUGUCUGAAUCGCGCAUGUAAUGUUUAUACCAUAAGGAAUGAUGAUCCAACAUAUGAUCCAACUUAUGAUCCAACUUAUUUUGCUACUCCCCUGGUUAAAACUGCUAAAACUACAUCAUCUACAAUCUUUAAAGCUACUUCCACCCCGUCCCCAACAAUUUCUAAACAAACCACACUUGAAAGUAUUACAUCUACUAAAUCAAAGCCAGUUGCUUCUCAAACAGUUGUCAGUGAAAGUAAACCUGUUACAAUUGAUACUUCUUCAAUUACCAAUCCUGUGACACUUUCCUCGUCUACUUCUGCGACUUACUCAAACAGCACUAUACUUAUAACUAGUGUCCAUCCCAUCAAUUCUACCACUUUGAUUACCAACACAACAACAAUAACUUCCAAGUUAUAUACCAAUUCCACAACAUUAACUAAAACAUUGGUUUCUGAAUUCUCAUCCUUAAGUACUGUCCUGGCAAGCACUACUGUAAUUAGCAGCACAUCCACAACUGAAGCCCUGCUGAGUACCACUUCAACUUCAUCUUUAUCUACUGCUUCACAACCUACUUCUGCAACCUGUUAUUCUGGUGAUAUAUUUAAAGUUAUUUCCACUAGCGAUCCUAAACUGUUAUUUCCUGUUCAGGAGUUGCCAUUGGCUAUUCCUGCUGGUGUUUCUAAUGAAGGGGUUCCAAUUGGUACAAACAAGUUUUAUUCUAAUUUAUUCUUGGGAUCUCAAACUGAUAUGGUGUGGACUUAUCCUUACGGAAUGUAUUGGAGCACAACAAAUUAUUAUGGGUUUGGAGUACAACACACCAAUAUUUCUGACAGAAUAUUUGGUUCUCAGAAUACAAACAACGUCGGUGUUCCUUCAUAUUAUGGUAAUCCUACCAACGUUGGUGAACUUAUCUUUUCAGCUACAUCAUUUGAUGAAAAUGCAUUAUAUAUGGGAGUUUCUAACAUGAGGAGUUUAUCUGCCUUGGUGACACUUACAAGUACACAAAAUGACAAACAAAACUAUUUGGAUAUUCCUUUAGUGGAGGGUAUCGGUUUUGUUACGGGUAUUUAUAAUGGUAAUUUAGUUGCUGAGUUAGAUUCCAUGAAUGGUGUUGAAAGUUUAGUUUUAGAAACUUCAGCUGCCUUGUCUCCAAAUAUCAUCAAAUACCGUGCUACUUUAUUCAAUGGUGUUCAAUGGUUGAUAUAUAUUACAUUACCUCAAGUGGAUGCUAGUUUUAAGUUGGAAGUCAAGGAUUUCUAUCAUCUUCAAGCCAAUAAAAAUGUCAAUGGUUUGGUUAUCCAAAUUGCUGUUGCACCAUCUGUUGACACUCAAGAUUCCUAUUAUGAUGCUGCUGCUGGUAUGUAUGCUACCACUGCUGAUGUUGAAGGUUCUGUAUCUUGUGACUCAAAUGCUCAAUACUCGAUUGUCUAUGAAACUUCGGGAAUUUCAUCAAGUGGUAAACCAAUUAUUUUUGCCUUACCACAUCAUCUCGAAUCAUUAACUAGUGCUGUUACUCUGCAAGAUACUGGAAUUACCAUUGCUUCCACAACCAAGGGUAAUAUGGUCGGUUUUUUGACCAAUGAAUUGAUUUUUGCUGAAACAAUCGACACUAACAUUCAAUUCUUGCCUUGGUCUCAAACUAUGACUGAGAAAUUGCAAUACACUACUUCUCAAUUGCAAUUAUUUGCUAAGGCUGCCAAUGAUGAAUUGGCGGUAAACAUACCAGAUACUGUCGAGAAUAUGGAUUCCAACUACUUUUCUGGUAAGGUUAUUGACAAAUAUGCUUAUAUUCUUUUGGUAGUCAACGAUAUUAUCCAAGACAAGGAAGUUACCCAAGAUACUUUACAGGCAAUGAAGGAUGCCUUUGCAACAUUUAUCAGCAAUAAGCAAUAUUAUCCAUUGAUGUAUGAUACUAGAUACGGUGGAGUCACAUCCACUUCCGCUCAAAAUGGGGAUACCGGCGCUGAUUUCGGAUCUGCUUAUUAUAAUGACCAUCACUUCCACUACGGUUACUUUAUUCACGCUGCAGCUAUUGUUGGUUACGUUGACAAACAAUUGAAUGGUACUUGGGCUGAAGACAACAAGGAAUGGGUUAAUGCAUUGGUUAGAGAUGUUGCUAAUCCUUCUGAACAAGAUAACUAUUUCCCUGUUUCCAGAAUGUUUGACUGGUACCAUGGUCAUUCCUGGGCUGCUGGUUUGUUUGCUAGUGGAGAUGGUAAGAACCAAGAAUCAAGUUCUGAAGAUAUAAAUUUUGCAUAUGGUAUGAAAUUAUGGGGUAAUGUUAUUGGUGACCAUUCAAUGGAAGCCAGAGGUGGUUUAAUGUUAUCCAUUAUGUCUCGUGCAUUCAACUUAUACUUCUACUACAAGUCUGACAACACUGUUCAACCACAAUCAUUCUUGCCCAACAAGGUUAGUGGUAUCUUUUUUGAAAACAAGGUUGACUACACAACUUACUUUGGUACUCCUGAUACACACCCUGAAUAUGUUCACGGUAUUCACAUGCUUCCUAUUACACCUGCUUCAUCCUUAGUUAGAAUUUCUUCAUAUGUUCAAGAAGAAUGGCAAGAUCAAGUUUCUACAUUUGUCGAUAACGUCAAAGAUGGAUGGGCUGGUAUCUUGAGAUUGAAUCAAGCAUUGUUCGAUCCUAAUUCCUCGUAUAACUUCUUUGCAUCCGAUUCUUUCACAAAUGAUUAUUUGGAUAAUGGACAAAGUAGAACCUGGAGUUUGGCAUUUUCAGCGGGGGUUCUUAACUCAAGUUAGUCUUACCUUUUAGACUCUUUUUUUAAUGACUUUAUAUGUACAAUAAUUUUAAUGUAAACUAUCUAGAAAACAAA